CCCUCCAUGCAACACACACACACACACACACACCACCCCACCCCCAUAUUUGGACGGCGCAUACAUAGCUAAAAACGAAGUACAGUGCAACGCCAUAAUUCACUAAUACAUCAUAAAUCGUUGAAAGUACCCGCGUUAUAACGACCAGGAGAAAUCUAACAAAUCAAGCGCCCUGUAGUACUUAACUGUAAGGCUGCAACUCUCUAAAACAACCUAAAUGAGCUCUUACUUUGUAAACUCGUUCUCGGGGCGCUACCCAAAUGGCCCCGACUAUCAACUGCUAAAUUAUGGAGCCAGCAGCGGCGCGAUGAACGGCGGGACGUACAGGGACUCUUCCUCCGCCACCAUGCACCAUGCGACGGGCUCGUAUGGCUACGGCUACAAUGGCAUCGACCUGACCGUCGCCAACCGGGGAGGAGGGAGCAGCAGCGCAGGCAACACCGGAGGACACUUCGGAGGCGUCGGGGACUCCCGGGGCUUCGGCUCCCCGACCCCGGAGAGGAGUUUCAGACAGCCGUCCAGCUGCUCCCUCGCCUCAGCCGCAGACUCCCUCCUGUCACCCGGCAGUGGAGACACCAAACUGGGCGCACAGAGCUCCUCUCCCCGCUCUGAGCAACCAGGAAGCGGUAAUCUCAGCUCUCCAAACCUGUCCUCGAACUCUUCCAGCGGUGGUUGUGGUGGUGGUGGUGGCGGCGGUGGAGGCGGAGGCGGCGGCACGGCGCAGCAGCGCUUCACGGAGCUCGACGACGCGUCGCCUGACAUCGACGAUUUGCACCACAGCCGGGACGCCGGCCACGGCGGCAACCCGUCCUCCAGGACCGGACACACGCAUCCCAUGCAGAAGCAAGAGGGCAGCAGCGGCGGCGGCGGCGGCGCGGCGGGACCAGCCGCCGGCAGCACCGCGGGCAGCGAGGCGCAAACACCACAGAUAUUCCCCUGGAUGAGAAAGCUGCACAUUAGCCAUGAUAUGACGGGCCCCGACGGGAAACGUGCGCGGACAGCGUACACCCGCUACCAGACGCUCGAGUUGGAGAAGGAGUUCCACUUCAACCGGUAUCUGACGCGGCGGCGGCGGAUCGAGAUCGCGCACACGCUCUGCCUCACGGAACGCCAGAUCAAGAUCUGGUUCCAGAACCGCAGAAUGAAGUGGAAGAAGGACAACAAACUGAAAAGCAUGAGCCUGGCCACUGCCGGCAGCGCUUUCCAACCCUGAAGAAAGUCAAAAUACAAACCAAACCAUUAAUAGAAAACAGCAACAAAAAAGAAAAAGAAAAUGAAAAAGAAAAAGAAAAAAAACAUCCGUCCAUCAUUUGUGGAAACGUCACAGCCAGGUCGCACAGGCUUCCCUACCAAAAACGACUGUAGGUCUAUAUGAAAUGAAGAAAAAAACUGACAAAAGUGGAGAAGCCUGCGGAGAUUUGAGCUGAAGGAGAGAACUAAAAAAAAUAUCACUAAUUCCACACUGUGAUUUAAAAAGACAAACAAAAAACACUUUCUAUCAUCAGAGUACUGUUCUUUGUUCGGCAUGUUGG